GAGGGGACUGUGCACACCACAGGGAAUGGCCUCGUCCCUUCUCCCCUGGCACGGGGAGGGGACUGUGGGCAGAGCUGGGUAAUGAUUUGUCAUCACAAGGGCCGGGGUGUCUCUCUUUGCAGAGGAAACCUUGGCCGUGAUUGACAGCAGGGCUGGUUUUUUGCCGCUUCCCUGGCCGUUGUCAAGUAAUAAUGAAGCUUUGUCAGUCCAUCAUGGACAUGGAUAUGCCAGAUUAUGUCGACUCCUUGGACUCCUCUUACACCAUGCUGGAAUUCGACAACCUGCGGGUGCUCCCCAAUAACACCGAGGCCAUCGCGGCUGAAUCAGCAAACACCAACCUGCUCCCCAACGGCGUCAGCUCCCUGUGCUCCAUCUGUGGGGACCGGGCCACCGGCAAACACUACGGGGCCUCCAGCUGUGACGGCUGCAAGGGCUUCUUCAGGAGGAGCGUCCGCAAGAACCACGUCUACUCCUGCAGGUUCAACCGACAGUGUGUGAUAGACAAAGACAAGAGGAACCAGUGCAGGUACUGCAGGCUGAAGAAGUGCUUCAGAGCUGGCAUGAAGAAAGAAGCCGUGCAGAACGAGCGCGACAGGAUCAGCAUCCGCAGGAGCAGCUACGAGGACAACGGCUCCCUCUCCAUCCACGUGCUCACCCAGGCUGAGGCCAUGGCACAGCAGUAUUUAUCCCUGAGCCCGGUGCACAGCACGGACAUUGCCAUGAAGAAGGUUGCAACCAUCCAUGAUGUGUGUGAAUCCAUGAAACAGCAGCUUCUGGUGCUGGUGGAAUGGGCAAAAUACAUCCCAGCGUUCUGUGAGCUCCCACUUGACGACCAGGUUGCCUUGCUCAGAGCCCAUGCAGGGGAGCACUUGCUCCUCGGGGUGGCCAAGCGGUCCAUACCAUACACUGAUUUUCUGUUGUUAGGGAAUGAUUUCAUCAUCCCAAUGCACUGCCCAGAACUGGAAAUCGCUCGUGUGGCCACCAGAAUCCUGGACGAGUUGGUGAAGCCCUUGCGGGACAUCCAGAUCGAUGACAACGAGUACGCCUGCCUGAAAGCCAUCAUCUUCUUUGAUCCAGACUGCAAAGGCCUGAGUGAGCCUGGAAAGGUGAAGAACAUGCGCUUCCAGGUGCAGGUGAACCUCGAGGAUUACAUCAACGACCGCCAGUACGACUCCCGGGGCCGCUUCAGCGACAUCCUGCUCCUGCUGCCCCCCCUGCAGAGCAUCACCUGGCAGAUGAUAGAGCAGGUCCAGUUCAUGAAGCUCUUUGGAGUGGCCAGGAUCGACAGUCUGCUGCAGGAGAUGCUGCUGGGAGGAACCACCGUUGAUGUCCAGUACCAGUCAGGACCUCCCAACCUCAACCUGGAACCGCUGCCAGGACACGUCCUCCAAAGCAACAUGAACUCUGUGAUUCACACAGCUCCAGACCAGGCAAAGCACAGCACCCCCCUGCCCGCAGCUGGACCCGUCGCUCACACCCUGUCUCAGCUGUGACUCAAGCACCAGGUCCCAGCCUGCAGCAGCAUCCUCACCUUGGGAAUUCCCACCACCUUUGCACAAGGGAUUGGGGUUCAUGCUCUUCCCAGCAGGACCAAGACUGCAAGCUCUUUGGAGCAGGGCUUCUGAUUGCGUUUGUUAUCGCCUUGCUUGGUGUAAUCAUGACCCUUUUAAAGCCUUCAGCCACUUUCUGCAUCCAAACAAGUGCCUUACACAGCUCCUGGUAACCACUAACAUGUACAGCGUGUCCUGAAUCGCUAUGGAAAGGUCUAUUCCCAUCAAAAAUUUAAUUACACUCCCUUCUCCUGCUGCACAUUAAGCUUUAGGAAUAUCUUCAUAACCUUUACCAGGCCAAAUGUUUCUUAUUCCACGCAGAGGUGCCUUGUUCCACACAGGCCAGCCAACACUUAAUGCUGAUUAGUUAUUAUUUAUGAUCAGGAAUGCCAACAUUCUGUCAUUUUCCAUCAUUUCCAGUAUAUGUGGAGCCCAGUUGUAAGUCAUUUGAUGGACCUUCUACUUCGUGAGCACUUCUAACACAGCUCCAAGAGGGCAGCGAGAAUCUCCGCCCCACUCCGUGGCUGCUGCUCUGGGAAACCCUCAGCUCAAGGAGCUGUUGACUUACCCAAUCCCUGCUUUGUGCAACACACAUAACAAAAAAUGCCCCAAAACACCUUUUCCCCAUACACAGAUAUGAUUUUGCUGUAGUUUCCUAUUUCUUUGUAGUAUCUGCAACCUAAACUUCAGAGCUCAAAAUUAGCCAAAAAAAAGAAGAGGCAGAUCUUCUGUGAGCCACUUAGAAAAACACUGUUUAUAUUUAAAACAUUAGGUGUUUCUGCACUUCAUGUAAAACUUAAUCAGGGGUAGGUGACCAACCAUUAACCAUGUUACAACUGGUUAAAUAAGCCCAACCAUGACUGUACAGCCUCAAGUGUUCCUAAAGCCUGGUAUUUGUGUUGUGGAGUGGAUUUCAAUGAAUGGGACUUCAUUAGAAAGCAGAGUAUCAGUUCUACAAAACUUAUGCUCAUUUGUACAAUGACCUCUGUCAGACAGCUCUGGAGGGAGCAGGAGUGGCCACACUGAACAUUAGGACAUGAUGGAAAACUCUUAGUGCUGUCCCACUGGAUAAAAUCCCAACCCACGCAUGGCCUUGUUCACGGCAAAACUGAGAUGGUGGUGCCCAGUGGUGGCUUUUUGAAGCACUUGGAGCUCCCUGGGGGAGAACACCAUGGAAAUGUGAUCUUAUCAAUUGAAAGAGAAGUUGGGAGGAGCAGCUGAACUUCCACCAGAAGUGGAACACUCGGUAUUCAUUCCUUGGGGAGAUAUUUAGUGUUGCCAUUCUACAGCACCAGAGAGAUCUGAAAACCAUCAAAGACUGGGUUGAAUUUCACCUGGAUCACAAUGUUUUAUUUUUCUCCUGCCUGUGAUGAAUUUGAUCUGACAUUAUAUGCUGAUAACUUCCAUUUGAAACAGCUCUGUCUGGAAAGCAGGUUCCCCUGGAAGCAUUCCUGCUGCCUGACAGAUGCAACUGCACCGAGCCAACAUUGCUCCCAGUUCCUCCAGCAGGUCGAUUACAUUCCUUUUCAAGACAUUAAAUGUACAUUUAUACUCGUUAAUGGUAAGAAAAUAAAUCUAGGGGGGAAAUAAAUUCCAUAUUCUCAUAUUUCAUAUGGACA